GUAUUGUAUAAAUGAUUGGACCUAUCUAGUUUGAAUGGUAGCUACUUAACUUUAGCAUCCGUCUCCACUAAGCCACUAGGUCUUGUAGGAUACGUUCUAUGGAAUCGUAGGCUUAAAGACCAAGUAAUUAUAAUUCAUACGAUACCAGUACCACACAGGAUAGGAUACUAGGAUGUAUAAGGUGAUGCAGGGUUGUCAACUAUACCAAAGCUACCUAUGCAAAGCCAAGGGAGCUUUAUGUAGUGUUUUAUAAUUGGGAGGAAGGGGUGUUGAGGCAAUUUAUAUAUCCGCAAGUGGCUCUGAAGUGGGGAUUAAGUGAGGACUAAGGCAUAUGCACCUUAACUAAAUGUCAAACACAACUGUUCCCGUUUUCUUAUAGAUCUGAUUAAGUAGGUAGUGGGUGGGGACUGAAUAUAAUAUUCAUAAUUAGUUUCUGUAUAUAUAUAAGCUUAAUUUUAAGGAGACAGCAUGCGUAGCAUUAAAAAUUCGUUUUCCAAGCUGAAAGAUGGAGACCUUCAGAAAUUAUGGGGUCGUCUAUCUAGUACUCCUUGUAAUUGCAAUUGGUAGGCUCAAAGGUGAAGAUGAACUCGCAAAUGGCAAUGCUCCUAAUAAAGGCAAUGCCACUUUUAUAACUCCCAGUCAAGGUAUAAAUGAAGAAGGGAAAGAAAAUAACAGCAACUCUUAUGAUAAGAUUGUCACGUAUUAUAGAGGUGGCGGUGGUGGUGGAGGAAGUAGUGGAGGAGGUGGAGGUGGCGGCUAUGUAUGGGGAUGGGGUGGCGGGGGGGGAGGGGGAGGUGGAGGUGGAGGUGGAAGCGGAGGAGGUGGAGGUGGAGGUGGUGGUGGUUGGGGAUGGGGAGGAGGAGGAGGGGGUGGUGGUUGGUGGAAAUGGGGGUGUGGAGGCAAACCAAGACAUGGUAAAAGGAAGGGACGGGGGAGAGGCAUAUCCCAUUAUAUUGUGGGACAAUUUGCACAAUGCAUGGCAAAAACUCCAUGCAAGGGAAUGAGAUUGGACUGCCCUCUUCAUUGUGGUGGACCAUGUUACUAUGAUUGUCACCAUAUGUGUAAGGCUCAUUGUCGAAAUUAAAUGCUCAACCAUGUCUGUUUCCGUUUUUUAUUCAUCCUUCUUUUUGCUAUCGUAGGUCUUUUUCUUUGUCUUCUUUAUCUUUGGUCUUUUGACAAGUUGACAAUGUCUUCAAAGUUAUUAUUCCUUCUUGUACCUUUUUUUUCUGGUUAGUUUUUGACGGUCUCAUUUCAAAUUUCUCUUUAGUUAGAUUUGUCGGGAUUUGUUAGUUUUUAAAGUCAUUUUUGAAAAAAAAUUUGUCUCAUUUUAUAUGUUGUUUGACCGUAUCAAAAAGAAAUUAGUGUUGUUUUCCUUUAUUUCUAACUA